GGUUUGCGCGCGAGGCACAGCCCGGGUUAGGACAUCGGGCGUCCGAAAGCCAAAUUCGACCUAGUGUUCGGCUCAGUGAACUUAUGCAAACUUGAACAGGCGUUAACUCAAACUUAGAGUUAAGACCCUCAGGCAAGCGGUCCUAAGGCAUCGAAUUGGUGCUCGGGGUGGUCGCUACACGGUUCUCGGCGACAGUGGCUAGAAUCCCAACCCAGGACCGCAAACAGUGGAAUUCCACUAUCGUAAGGCCGUCAUAAUUACUAAGCUUCUCAAAAACACGGUUCUGGAGGUUGAGAAAAAGAGGCGCUCAGGAGAAAAGCCCGAGAGAAAACUUAGCCCCCCAGCCCCCGCAACGCACGUCGCACUGCAAACCCCAUCAUGCAACGCAAGGAGGACGUUGGGGCUCUACGGCCCCGAUAGUCUGCGGCGACGGCUCCCGUGGCACAGUGGGAUUUGUAGUCAGCCACUCCACGUAGAGCGCCGGUACUCACACGCUGUCCUGGCCCCGCCUCUUAAAGCCCAAACACCUGAUUUCACUUCCGCAGAAGGCAUUCGGUUUUGGCUGGCGGUAUAUUACUUUCCCACACUUGACUUUGUUUUAAAUACUGACUUUGGCAUGCUAUGUGUAAACCUAGCCUUGGAGCUUCUUACCUUCUUUCAGCAAACAUUUAUGGUGUUUCUGAAAUUUCUACUAGGUGUGGGGUACUAGUCACCAGGUUUCCAAACCCUACUCGUGAUUCCACGAAUUCACAAGAGUUUAAAUCUCUUAUCCGUUAUUUUAUUCUGUUUAUUUAGAGCUUAGUAAUGCAGUACAUUUUUCUGCAGAAAAACAGAGGCAGAAAAAAAGAAAGGGAGGGGUGCAGAAUGGUGAGCUACAUUAUGGAAGCCUCAACUAUUAUCUUUUAAUAUUAGGAUCCAUCGUUCUGGCAGAAGACUCACCUUUGAAAAUAUGUCUUUGGGAGAUAGUCACGUUCUGUUGAAUACCGUGUGCUGGUGCUGUCAUAGAAAAAUCUGGUUACACUCUGGGGAGGUCGGCUGCGGCUGCAGGACUGACCCGCCUCGGCCCUGA